GCGACUUCCGGUUUCGGUGUUCUCAUGGUAAACAAGACGCAUGCUAUGGCUGGCUUGACUGUCACAUGUCCAAUCUGUCUCCAUCCACCUUGAAGUAUUAACAAGGCAAUGCCUUUUCACCAUCCGAAGAGGGAAAUUAAAGCCUCAAUAACACGUCCCCUGUGGUCCCGGUCCUUCUUUGGUGGUUUAACUCGGUGUCAUAUCGAUGGCGCUAUAGUGAAAAGGCAGCAUUCGAUGCUUCAUUGGGGACAAAAUGGCAGCCAGCAACAAGUCAGAGAAAGCUUCAACUGUCGUCACAUCUUCAUCAGUGAGCAGCGUCGCCCAUGCUCGAGCCAAAGCAGAGGCAGCGAAGGUGAGGGCUUCAUAUGCAAGCAAGGAAGCACAGCUAAAAGUGGAAAAAACGAAAAUUGAUGUAGAGCUUGAAGUGCUAAUGCUACACAGAGAAGCAGACAUUGCAGUAGCUGAAGCAGCAGUGCUAGAAGAAGAGGCAGAGUGUGAGAGCAGAAAAUCAGUAUCAGACGGAGUAAAAAGAGAAAGAACGCAGGAAUAUGUGCGGUCUCAGAUUAAGCUUUCUGAACCUCAAGGCCCCCCACCGGUUCCCCCCGCUAAUGACAACAAUGGUCACUCAGGUGAAACAUUAGUGACAUGGGAUGGAUCACAAGGUUCAGAUCCAAAGCCACAGCCCAAAAGCAGUAAGCCAAAGCCUGAUGACAAUCACGCACCUUUGCUCACUCAAAGAGCAUCUGAGACUCCAAAAGUUGAACAAACAAACAAAGUUCUCAGUCCAUUCUCCAACCCAUUCACGCCUCACUACAAUACACCGGCAAGCAUGUUACAUUCAGCUGAGCCAUUUGCACAAUACAUGGCACGCCGAGACCUCAUCACUUCGGGUCUCUACCAGUAUGAUGACAGGCCAGAGAAUUUCAGGGCAUGGUUCUCUUCAUUCAAUGGUGCAACAGCAGAGGUUGCUCUCACACCAACUCAAGAACUCGACCUCAUGACAAAAUGGCUGGGAAAAGAGUCAAGCAAUCAGGUGAAACGCAUUCGCUCUGUACAUAUCAACAACCCCAAAACUGCUCUGAAGAAAGCAUGGGAGAGACUUUGGGAGUGUUAUGCAGCCCCUGAAAUAAUCGAAAAAUCACUCUUUCAGAGACUGGACAGUUUUCCCAGACUAACAACAAAGGACAAUGUAAAGCUACAGGAACUAGGGGAUCUGCUGCAAGAGAUCCACGGUGCAAAGGAGGACGGGUAUCUCCCCGGCCUGCUUUAUCUAGACACUUCACGUGGAAUUGGACCAAUUGUGGACAAACUUCCAUACGGGCUCCAGGAGAAAUGGAUGUCUCAUGGCUCACAAUACAAAGAGGAAAAUGAUGGUUGUUUUCCUCCUUUCAGCUACUUCUGCAAAUUCAUAUGUAAAGAGGCCAAGAAACGUAACGAUCCAAGUUUCAACCAGUACAACAGUCAAACGCACUUAAAACUUGAAAGGCCCUACCAAAAGAACUUUCACUCAGCUAAACCAAUCGUAGUGCACAAGACUAACAUUACGCCCCCCAACAAAGACUUUAACAAGAACUGCCCGCUGCACAACAAACCCCACCCACUAAAGAAAUGCAGGACAUUCAGGAACAAGCUACUGGACGAAAGAAAGGCUUUUCUCAAGGAGAAAGGAAUAUGUUUCAAGUGCUGUUCGUCAGACACUCAUCUCGCUAAGGACUGUAAAUCUACAGUAAAGUGCUCUGAAUGCGGCAGUACAUACCACGACACAGUCAUGCAUCCUGGUCCUCCACCACAAACAGACAGGGCUCCUUCUCGUGCUAAAGAGGAUGGCGGGGAGGGAGAAAAUCCAGACAACGCAGCAGUAACUACAACUUGCACAACAGUGUGCGGUCCAGAGAAAAAAGAGAUCUGUAUGUACUUUGUCAAAGGACACUGCAGGAAUGAAGAUAAAUGUUUUAAAGAGCACUCCAAAAUGCCCUAUAAAUGGGAGGUGAAGGAGGGACUCAGUUGGGCAGCUCUUCCUGAUAACGAGGGCAUAGAGAAAGAUUACUGUAAUCCAGCUAAAACAUACAGCUCUGGAGUCUGCUUUGAUACAAUGACCCGUGGUUCUGACACUGUGCGGCGUCUCUCAACGGUCUCCUCAGUGAUCGAACCCAAUUACAUCCUCACCACCAGCUGGGCAUGGUACUGGGAGGAUGAGUACGGCAACUGGAUUCAGUAUGCAUCGUCAGGAGGAGGUCACAACGCAGCUUCCAUCAGCAGUGAGGAAUUGGAGCAGAAAUAUACACAGGACAACAAAGCAGAGAUGGAGUUCAUGGCUGGCUCACAAACAUAUACGCUCUGCUUCCAAGAUAUGAUCCAGACGAACAAGCGCUAUGGAACCAAAAAGCUUGUGAGGCGUCGACCUGUAUUCGUGUCAGCAGUAGAUGCUGAAACAAUCAGAAAAACCAAACCAGCUCCCAACAGACAGAUGAAAACAUUGCCAAGCCACUGGAAUAAAGCGCAGACACCGGAGGUUGGUUACAAGAAAUUAAAGCUGGAGAGCGAUUCAAGUGAAUACAGUGGAAUCGAGCGCCUUUUCAAAACCACCAUGCGAGGUUUCAGCAUUCAACAGAUUGAGAGGAUACAAAACAAAGCCCUUUGGGAAGUUUUUCAGUGGCAGAAAGAUCAGAUGAAAAAGAAUAACACAGGAAAGAACGUUGCAGAGAAACAGCUGUUUCAUGGGACAGACUCCAAACACGUCGACGCCAUUUGCUACAAUAACUUUGACUGGAGAAUCUGUGGCACUCACGGCACAGCCUAUGGGAAAGGGAGUUAUUUUGCCAGGGAUGCCAAGUACUCACACAGCUACACCGGAGACUCCACAACUCGCUGCAUGUUCGUUUGCCGUGUCCUGGUGGGUGACUACAUUGUCGGCCACUCCAGCUACACCCGUCCCCCCUCGAAAGAUGGAGGAGACACCAUCUUUUACGACAGCUGUGUGAAUGAUGUCCACGAUCCGUCCAUAUUCGUAGUGUUUGAGAAGCAUCAGAUCUAUCCAGAGUAUCUCAUUAAGUAUAGUGAGACGAGUCAGUUGUCAUCAUCCCCAUAUUACAGACCAAAUCCUCCUGUAGUAAACAGGGCGGCUUAUGCUUCUACAACCAACUAUCAACCCACCCCUGCUCCUCCAGUUCAGGCAGCAACUCCGAGAUAUCAACCCCAGCCUGCUUCAAGGUCGUAUCCUUCAUCAUAUUCAUAUACAAGCCAUUCCCCCUCCCAGUCAUCCAAAUCAGACAACUCCUGCAUUAUCUCAUGAUAAUGAUAUUGACGUGACAUAAAGAAGAUGAGGUUAAAUGUGAAAUUACAGGCCUGUGUUGUGUUCUAUUAGUUUUUAACACUCAUUAUUAUUGCUCUCCCGUUGCCAUGUGCCCGUUUUUAUUUUUCUAUUUUAAUUGAUGUUCCAAUAUUUGAUGAAUAUUAGGUGACCCUUUAUAGGCUUGAAAGAAUGAAGCAAUGUGCACUGAAGAGCAGAAGGAACCGUAAUAGUAGAAGGUACUGUGAUCUGAAUCAUUUUCCUUUUCCGUUAGAUCACUUGAGGUUUUAGGGAGCCAAGCGCUUGAUUCAGCAAAAUGACGGCAGAUAUAACGUAUUACUUUAUUAACCGUAUUGAAACACAGGACAGGUAAAGCAGGUUGUUGAGUAGGUAAAGGUUCAAAACAGAUUCACCCUGAUCACAUGGUUUUUAAGAAGGUUGUACAUGUUUUAUUUCACAAGAUUGACUUUACUUGAAAUUGAAGUGAAGCUUCUGUUAAUUCAGUUCGUAUAACUUGUACUUCAUUUCACUCAUCAUUCACUAAUCAUCUUCUGCCUCUAACACUUGAGUGGAACUUUUUUUUUUUCCCAAUCUUGCUAAUAUUUGUACCCGUUCCCCAGGCAGAGCUUGCUGUUAACUAAUUUGGCUGCACAAAAUAUUUACUACGUACAUAGCACCUCUCUCUGUCUGCUAUAAGGUUUGAGGAAAUCAUUGUGUCAUUUUAUCAUUUAACACAAACGUUUUGGGUUUCACAUCCCAGUGUACAAAAAAAGAGCUUUGUUUGAGUUUCUUAUUUGAGUGAUUUUUAAAUCAAAUUUGAAUUUCAUUGAGUGUAUCAGAUUAAUUUCAUUUCUCAAAUAUUUGUUUGAAUCAUUGAAAUCGAAAUCUUUUGACUCAGGACUCCUGGGUAUACUGUAAAAAUGUGUGCUCAGGUUUCAGAAUAAUAAAUGCAGUUGUAUAAAA